GAUGACACUGUUGCUCAACACAAGGAUUACAGAGGAAGGACUGAACUGUUUAAGGAUGAAGUGACCAAAGGAAAUGUUUCUCUUCGAAUAAAGAACACAAGGGUGUUUGAUGAGGGGAAAUACCUAUGCACAGUUGAUGAUAAAACAGAUAUUGAAGAAACUGAGAUAGAGCUGAAAGUUGGAGAUGAUUUCUUCCCGACUGUCUCAGGUUGGCUGGUGUUUUUAUCUGUAAUCCUCUGUCUUCUGAUAGUAGCUUUUACUACUGGGAUCGUUUGGAUUGUGAAACAACUUAGAAACAUCAAAGAACUCCAACAUGACAAGACUAUUAAACAAUUCGAUCAGUGGAAAUCUGUUAGUGAUUCAGGUAUGAGACGCUUUUUUACCUAAACCACGCAGUAUGUUAUCUACUGAGCAUGUUACAGCAUUAUUUGUAUUCGCCCAUGUAUCUGCUGCGUUAACAACACUUGUAAUCUGAUGAAAGAUAGAGAGUCAUAAUUUGCUGUAAGAGAACAUUGUUAAAAUUCCCAUGUGCCCUUCAGCUCAAAUAUUAUUCACCCACAAAAUUGUUGAAGGUACUAAUGGAUAAUGGCAAAGCGAGGGAACCAGCAUUUGAGACCUGAGUGAACUGUGGAGUAAACAAACAGUCCUUAACCUGUGAGAUUUAAGGAUUAGGAAAUUUACUCAGGAAA